AUGACCAGCAUAGCUGGAAGCUUUGAGCAGAGGUGUUGUUUUGAGAGAAUUCCUUCUUGCAUCAACGCGAGCAAGGGCUGUAGGGGCAAGGGUACCAACGGCAUUGCAUUUGGGGAGCGGUUUGACGCGGAGAAACAAAAUGAACAGGAGUCCUGA